AUGGGAAAGGCAGGAGUGCUCUGCUGUCCUCUGCUGUUGGCUGAUGCUCAGAGAAGCGCUCUCGCAUCCUGUACUGCAGUUCCUACAAGACCGAAUCAAACGGAACGGUAACCACGGCACAAAUAUGAAGAUGGGGGAGCGCAGCGCUACCGAAUUGCGGAUUAUUGGGAGCUUCCUGGUUCCUUUGCAUCACCUUAUCUGAGUCCCAGCCAACCUGACAGAAUGAUUGAAGAGGGAAGUAAAAGCAGCAAAUCUAUGGUGGAGAAGAGACAGCUCUUCAUGGAGAUGAGGGCACAAAACUUUGAUGUUAUUCGUCUCUCAACGUAUAGGACAGCAUGUAAGCUACGAUUUGUUCAGAAACGAUGCAACCUUCACCUAGUGGACGUGUGGAACAUGAUCGAAGCUUUCCGUGACAAUGGGCUGAGCACGUUAGACCACAACGCAGAGAUUAAUGUGUCACGCCUGGAGACCAUUUUGUCCUCCAUCUUCUACCAGCUCAACAAGCGGCUGCCCACCACCCACCAGAUAAACGUGGAGCAGUCCAUCGGCCUGCUGCUAAACUUCAUCGUGGCCACUUAUGACAGUGAAGGCCAUGGGAAACUCACAGUGUUUGCUAUGAAGUCAAUGCUAGCUACGAUGUGUGGUGGUAAAAUACUGGACAAAUUACGUUAUAUAUUUUCCCAGAUAUCAGACUCAAAUGGGGUGAUGGUCUUUGCCAAAUUUGACCAGUUCCUGAGGGAAGUGUUGAAGCUCCCCACGGCAGUGUUCGAGGGGCCAUCAUUUGGCUACACCGAGCACUCUGUGAGAACAUGCUUCCCUCAGCAGAAGAUCUUGCUGAAUACGUUUUUGGAUGUGUUGAUGGCAGAUCCACCCCCGCAGUACCUCGUAUGGCUACCUCUCAUGCACCGACUCGCUAAUGUAGAGAAUGUCUUCCAUCCAGUGGAAUGUUCGUAUUGCCGGAGUGAGAGCAUGAUGGGUUUCCGGUACCGCUGCCAGCAGUGCCAUGGCUACCAGCUUUGUCAGAGCUGCUUCUGGCGUGGUCAUGCCAGCGGUCCCCAUAGCAACCAGCACCAGAUGAAGGAGCACUCCUCAUGGAAGUCUCCAGCAAAGAAGCUCAGUCAUGCUAUCAGUAAGUCUCUGGGCUGCAUGCCGAUUGGAGAGCCGCCUCACCCUGUGUUCCCAGAGGCAGCAGAAAGACCGCAGGACCUUGCACACACUACCACCCUUGAGAGUCCCAGCAGACUGGAUGAAGAACAUCGUCUUAUCGCGCGAUAUGCUGCUCGUCUGGCAGCGGAGGCCAGCAACUCCACUCAAUGCCCUCCAACUGAUCUGAGUUUCAACUUUGAUGCUAAUAAGCAACAGAGGCAGCUCAUCGCAGAACUAGAGAAUAAAAACAGGGAGAUACUGCAGGAAAUCCAGCGUCUACGUCUAGAACAUGAACAGGCUUCUCAACCCACCCCUGAGAAAGCCCAGCAGAACCCCACUCUACUGGCAGAGCUACGGCUGCUACGGCACAGAAAAGAUGAGUUGGAGAGGCGCAUGUCGGCCCUGCAGGAGAGCAGGAGAGAACUAAUGGUCCAGCUGGAAAGUCUCAUGAGGCUGCUGAAGGAUGAAGAGCAGAAACAGUCAGCUCAGACGGGGAGUUCGCCCCACUCAUCUCCCAGUCACAGUGCCAGCUGCACCAUGCCUAUGCCCAUCCGCUCCACCUCAGCCGGCUCAACCCCCACACACAUGCCACAGGACUGCCUGGCAGGGGUCGGAGAUGACGUGCUGGAUGCCUUCUCUCAGGGUGUACCAAGAAAUCUCCGUAAUGAUCUUUUAGUGGCUGCAGACUCAAUCACAAACACUAUGUCGUCACUAGUGAAAGAACUUCACUCAGUGGACGACGGUAUAGAGGAAGAAGAGGAGAACAUGCGAAAUGGAAGGGAGAAGGUGUCAUCGCUGAAGCAUUCUGGGAAAAGGCACUCCACCCCUUCAUUCUAAUCCCCAGGAAAGAACCAGCGACAUCAAAACCUCCCUGGCAUUCGCACAUAGACAAAUGCAUGCUCUUACCCAGCUGGGUUUCACUAUGUGAAACAAAUUCUUCAUUAAACUUUGCACAGAGCAAGUUGUAUUUAUUAGAA